AUGUCCACCCGCAAACGCGCUCGCGGAGAUGAGGAAGAAGAGCUCGUAGCUCUCCCCAGCGAUGAAAGCGAAGAAGAAGAGGAAUAUGAGGAGUCCGAUGCCGGUAAUGAAGACGAGGAGGGUGAGUCUGCAUCCGAAGACGAAUCCGAAGGUGGUUCCGAGAACGGAGAAGCCGAGGGAAUAGAGCCGGUGCACAAAAAACGUAAAGUAGUUCCAGGCCCCGACGCUGAACUCACCGGCGAAGCGGAUGGUGUAGCAGAAGAAGAGGAGGAAGAAGAGGAAGAGGAGCUAGAUGAAGCUGAGAACGGCCUGGAAGCUGAAUACGAGGACGGAGAGGGAGAUGCAGAAGCAGACGCAGAGGCCGAAACAGAGAAACAGAAAGAGAAUGGUGCGCCUUCAACGGAAUCUGCCGUGAAAGGCGCAGUGGCAUCUGAUGUUCCUGAGGUCCCCGCUUCGGCUCCAGCUCCAGCUCCAGCUGCGAAGGCAACUGCCAAUGGCACCCCUGCUGUGGCUUCUGUUACAGAGGUGGAGGGUGUUGGUAGUGCUGGAGAUGGUGAAUGA